UGAAACCACUUGUAUUCCUUAUGUCUCGAUAGAUGGAUGGUGAAUCAUUCGAUAGAUAUUUGAACUCCAGUCCGACGAAUGCAUAUUCUGUUGUUCUGUUUCACGCUUCGUGGUGUCCAUUCUCGAGGAAUAUGAAACCAAAGUUUGCAGCCCUUAGUUUCAUGUUUCCUCAGGUGAAGCAUAUAACGAUUGAAGAAUCUGAAGCCAUGCCAAGUUUGUUCUCACGAUACGGAGUUCAUAGCUUGCCCUCAAUAAUAAUUUUGAACGGGACAGCACAAGUGCGUCAUCACGAACAGAAGGAUCUUCCUUCCCUUGUGCGUUUCUAUAAGAAAACUACAGGAUAUGAACCGGUUGUGAAUUUGGCUGAAAAUGAUCUAGGAAGUCUCUUUGAAAUUGAUCAUGGAGUUGAUGAGACAUGGAAAUGGAACUCUAUGGAGGGAAUAUUAGAUAGAGAGCCUUAUCUAGUAUUUUCAGUGAUCUUUCUAUUGUUUAGGGCAGUUAUGUAUUUCUUCCUUAAGGAAAUAUCUAAUAUAAUCGAGAUGUGGUAUGCUACCAUACCACGCCUAAAUCUAAGAAUAUUUGGGGAGUCGAGGCAGCUUCUUGGCCGAGCCUUGGACUUGAUGGAUUUGAAGAGAAUGUGGAGGAAACUGAAACUGUGCAAGACGAAUGGAGCUAGGAAUGCUCAUGUUUGGGCAUCUUCUUCAUUGGCAUCCGUUUCAUUGGGAAAACGGUUUAAAUCAGAAGAAUCCUAAACUUUUAGGGCUUUUCAGGUUCAAUCGAGAAAAGGGUAUCUUCUCUUCUGAGGGCAAUGGCUCACUGGGAUUAAUCUACAAUUUUUUUUUUGGCUUUUUUGUUUUUGUUGCUUUUCACGUUCUUUGUAACAUUCCAGAAAGCAGUCAUUUGUUCUUUUGCCCAAGGAGAAGAUGAAAAUGGAGAUGUAAAAUUGUUUUUUUUCUGUAUAUUGAAUUAGUGUUUUGUGAGUGGUACUUAUAUGCUUCAAUGUAUUCAACCUGACUUCUCUUCUUUGGAUUAGAAAUCUUGUAUUUAUAUUAAUACGCCACUAUUAGAACAAA